GCCCGCAAGCGCAGGCUCGGCCCACGGCGCGUGGGAGCGGCGGGUCUUUCGCGGCUUGCUGCUCUUCUGCCUCCCCGUCGGCCUCCUCCGCGCGGCGCGGGGGUAAAACGGCUGCACCGGGAGCUCCACGUGGUCUCCGAGUACUGGCGCCGGGCGGAAGGCGUGUGGGCGUUAGCAGGGGGGAACGGGGAGUUCGCCCGCCUCGUCCUUGGACUGUAGCUGUGUGCGGGUCCCGUGUGUGCGCAGCUGUGUCUGAAAGCAGGGCUGAUUGCGAGGGGUGGUCUGGACGCUUAGGUCGGCCUGUUUGAUCUCGUAACAGCACGUUAUCUCAAGGCUGUUCCGUUAUCCUUGUAGCUAAGUGUGAUUUCUUUGCCUUUUACACGUCGACUUUUUCAGAUAGUGCUUUUUUGUGAACUCUUACCUUCAUCACCUCUUGGCUGAUGAAGCGAUGCGGAUCCUUCUCUUCACUGAAUCACAGAAUGGCCCGGGUUGGAAGGGACCUCAAGGAUAAUGAAGCUCCAACCCCCCCGCCACAGCCCUGGACGGUUACCCCCGAUUUUACCCACCAUGCCCACACCGCUUCCCUGUCUGCAGUAGCAGUGAACAGCAAAUAUGUGGUCACGGGGAGCAGGGAUGAGUCGAUCCAGAUCUAUGACAUGAGGAAGAAGGUGGAGCAUGGGGCACUGCUGCAGCACAAUGGCACAAUAACUUGUCUGGAGUUCUAUGGUACUGCACAUUUACUGAGUGGGGCUGAAGAUGGACUAAUUUGUAUCUGGAACACAAAGAGAUGGGAAUGCCUGAAAUCCAUUAAGGCGCAUAAAGGACAUGUGACAUCUCUUUCUAUUCAUCCAUCUGGGAAAUUAGCUUUGUCAGUCGGAACAGAUAAAACAUUAAGAACUUGGAAUCUUGUAGAAGGACGAUCAGCUUUUAUCAAAAACCUGAAGCAAAAUGCCCACAUAAUUAAAUGGUCCCCUGAUGGAGAGAAAUAUGUGACCGUGAUAACAAAUAAAGUGGAUAUCUACAAACUCGAUACAGCUUCAAUCACUGGCACUAUCACAAUAGAGAAAAGAAUUUCUUCUAUUAGAUUUAUUACAGAUUCUGUCCUUGCCAUAGCUGGAGAUGAUGAAAUUAUAAGGUUCUACAGCUGUGACUCUCAAAAAUGUCUGUGUGAAUUUAAAGCUCAUGAAAACAGAAUAAAAGAUAUCUAUAGUUUUGAAAGGGAAGGACAACACGUUAUUGUUACUGCGUCCAGUGAUGGUUACAUUAAAGUGUGGAAUCUGGAUCUCAAUAAGAUUAACAACGUGCCAUCUUUAUUAUGUGAAGUCAGCACCAAAGCUAGGCUGACAUGUCUUGCAGUGUGGCUUGACCAAGCCUCAGAAAUGAAAGAAAAUUGUGGAAAAGCUGCAACAUCAACUGAAGCAAAUGAAAGUGAGAAGCCAUCAGCAGUCAAGAAGAAGAAAGUUUGUGGGAUGAAUAAAAGUGGUAAAUUGACAAAACAACGCAGAAGAAUUGUCCCAGCUAAGAGAAAAUUGGAAGCUCCACUGCAAAAAAAGAAGAAGAAGCAGAAUAGCUCAGAAUGAAGGCGAAUGCUUUUUCUCCUGAAGAAGAAAUAAAUGCUGGUAUUGCUGUAGUUUUUAUGAAGAUGUUUUUACAACCUCUUGACAGGACAAAUGCCUCUGAACUGAUACGAUUUUUAAGAGUAAUUAUUUAUUUUUGACCCAGAUGAAUUGGUUGACCAUUCUGAGAAGUCGUAAAAGAGAUGGCAGCGUUACCUGAGAGAAUGAGGCUAAAAUAAACUCACAGGAUAUAAUGCUUCCAUUUCUAUAUUUACAACAGCAUACACUUUUUAACAGAUUCUGAAAUAGCAGCUAAAAUGAUAAAAAUAGCUACGUCUGUCUCAGUUAAAGUUUUGUGUCUCAGCCAAAUACAUAUUAAAGUUAUAUACGGUUUUUCA